UGCAAGUUUUGGUAGUAUUAAAAUAAAUGUCCUUGCCCUUUUUUUUUUUAAACAAAACCCACUAUCCAAAAGGAUAUCAAGUCUGUUGUGACAUUACUUACAAUGCAAUACUCCUGAUAAAGCAAUAUAUAUAUUUUUUAACAAAUUCCCACUAGGGGGAAAAAAGGUGGGAGGGAGAAGAAAUUCAAAAGAGCACGGCCGAAGUCAGCAACAACAUCACUACUAAGCCUGCCUGAAGACUGUGGUGCAGACAAGCUCAGGAAAAGUAACCAGACUUUCUGGAUGAAGAAAAAGAAUUUAAACAAUUGCACACUUCCAUCAAGUGAACCCUAUUAAAAUUCCAAGACCCAAUUUCUCUCACCAUGAGGAAAAUAACAGCAAUUGCAGUGGCCUUUGUUUUGCUGCUGACUUGUAUACACGCUACUAAAGAAGCUACAAAGAAGAACAGGAAGUCUAAACAAUCUGUUCCACAUAUUGAGUGUGCCAUCAAAGCUGCAAAGAUCAUCAACCCAGAGUUUAUUGCUAAGUGUCCUUUGGGAUGUCAGGAUGUUAAAUAUCGGGUCUAUGGCAGUGAUAUCUACGCCUCUUUUUCCAGUGUUUGUGCUGCUGCUAUUCACAGUGGUAUUAUUGACAACUCUGGAGGGAAAGUCUUGGUUCAAAAAGUUGCUGGUCAGUCUGGGUACAAGGGUAGUUUUUCCAAUGGAAUCCGUUCACUGUCAUUACCACGAUGGAGGGAAUCCUUCAUACUUUCAGAAGGCAAACCCAAAAGAGGCGUGCAAUACCCAUCAACUCUUACCUAUUCAUCUUCUGAAAGCACAGUCACUAAAGGAUAUUCGUUACGGAAAGGAUAUCAGACAACUGCUGCUCCAUUACCAGCCACACACGGUGCUGCUAACAUACUCAAAUCCUUCACCACCACGACAGAAUUUGUCCGCACAACUCCAAAGGCAACCACCACUCCAGCCACCAUUGCAACAACGACCAUCACUAAAGUGACAACUGUUACAGCGGCCAAGCCUCUUGUUGCAGUACACAAGGUCAGGGAUCUAGGCUCUAGCAAUGUCCAUCCAGUUUACUCAUCAGCGGUGGCUGCAGCAUCAAGGCAAGUUCAAGCUGUACAAGGAAGAACCCAGAAUCAAGCUACUGAAACAGAGGUCUGGAACUCUGGAUCAAGACUUUUGGGCCCAGGUUUCAGCUCCAAGGAAGACAUGGUCCCAAAGCCUUUGAAGCCAGUUUCCCAGGGAAAUCCAAAUUGCAAAGUUGACUUGGCCUUCUUGAUAGAUGGGAGCUGGAGCAUUGGCAGGCGCCGCUUUCAGAUCCAGAAACAGUUCCUCAAAGACGUAGCGCAAGCCUUGGAUGUUGGCGUAGCUGGGCCUCUCAUGGGCAUUGUUCAAUAUGGGGAUGACCCUUCUACUGAAUUUAACUUGAAGGUCUAUGCAAAUACCAAGGACUUAAAAAAUGCCAUUGAGAAAAUACCCCAAAACGGAGGCUUAUCAAAUGUUGGAAAAGCACUGUCCUUUGUUAACAAAAACUUCUUUGAUGACUCCAACGGCAACCGAGGUGGUGCCCCCAAUGUGGCUAUAGUGGUGGUGGAUGGAUGGCCCACCGAUAAGGUAGAAGAAGCCUCCAGGCUGGCAAGGGAGUCUGGCAUUAACAUUUUCUUUGUCACCAUUGAAGGACCCAAUGAAAGUGAAAAGAAGAAUGUCAUUGAGACAAACUUUGUGGACAAGGCUGUAUGCAGGACCAAUGGAUAUUAUUCUAUUCAUGUCGCCAGCUGGUUUACCUUAUACAAAGUAGUGCAGCCUUUAGUGAAACGAGUCUGUGAUGUCGACCGCCUGGCUUGCAGCAAAACCUGUCUAAAUUCAGCUGACAUUGGGUUUGUCAUUGAUGGAUCUAGCAGUGUUGGCACAGGCAACUUCCGCACCAUUCUGCAAUUUGUAGCCAACAUUAGCAAAGAGUUUGAGAUUUCAGAGACAGACACCCGGAUUGGAGCUGUGCAGUACACUUAUGAACAAAGGCUGGAAUUUGGCUUUAACAAGCACAUCACUAAGCAGGAGGUGCUGAACGCUAUAAAAAGAAUCAACUAUUGGAGUGGAGGAACCAGCACUGGAGCAGCCAUCAACUAUGCCUUUGAACAGCUCUUCAGUAAAUCCAAGCCCAACAAGCGUAAGAUCAUGAUUUUGAUUACAGAUGGCAGAUCAUAUGAUGAUGUCAGGGGACCAGCUUCAGCAGCACAUCAAAAUGGUGUUAUAGCCUACUCGAUAGGAAUUGCGUGGGCUGCCCAAGAUGAACUGGAAGCUGUGGCAACUGACCCUGAUAAGGAGCAUUCAUUCUUCGUGGAUGAAUUUGAUAGACUGUAUAGAUUUGUUCCUAAGAUCAUUCAGAAUAUUUGUACAGAAUUUAAUUCACAGCCACGGAAUUGAUUGCAUCCACAUAUAAGGGUUGCAUCACUGAAGUUGCAACCAGUAAAUCAGGCAAUGCCAGCUGGGAAGUUUUACCUAAGAGAUAAUUUCAGAUCAGUUCUCCAGGCAUAACCGUAAUGAAAGUUGUAGAAUGAUGCUUCCCACUCACCCAUCCACCCCUCCUGCUUGUUUCCAAACUGAUCUGACAACAAAUUGGCCAACAGUCUUUGAUUUGUUUAAAAUUAUCAGUUGAAGUCAAUGAAUUUAACUUCUCUGUAUCACAGGCAAGGAAUACUUCUGAGGUCUUCAAAGCCAUGCCUUUAUGUUAAUGAUAGCAUUUCUUUCCAAGAGUGGUGGAGAAGGCAAGAAAUAGGCUGACUUACUAAUUACUUUCAAAUACUGUAAAACAGUUUGGAUCCUGGCCUUUAAUUACAGCUGUUGGCAGCCAUAUAAGGAAUAGGAAGCAAGCAAGACACUGAUUAAAAAAUAGAAAGUGUGAUGAAAACUAUGUGGCUGUGGCCUGCAUACCAAGUAUUGGAGGAAUAGUUCUGAGCACGUUGUGUUUCACCAUUACUUACAUUCCAUGUGCUUCAACACAGACCAGUCUGCAACAUGGCACCAAACUGUGGGGCAGAUAGAGAUAGAUAUGAUAUCCAUAAUUCACCAUUGUUCUUCUUGUUAGAUUCAUGAAGAAGACAGCAGAGUCAGAAUUUUUCUACUCAUUGUCGUAUAAGUAAGAAGAGUAUCCCAUUGGCUAAUCUUGAAAACUGUUACAAACAUGAUAGACCCAAUAAAUCGUAAGUUUCAUUGGGAAUAGUGUUUUCCUUUAAAAAAACAAAACCUCUAGUAUAUGACUAUUAGCACUUGAAUUGUAAAACACAAUAUUUAUAAUAGCUUUUUUUCUUUAGUAGACUAAAUAGUAGGUGUUGAGUCCUAGUGGCAGCUUCCUGUUGCUUAACUAGGAUUUCCAUAAAGAGAAGGAAGUCUCCAGAAGCAGUCUGAAAGCGAAAAUACUCUACAUAUAUAGCCUGAGCCAUCCUAAUCCACAUGCUUCUUGACAAUUUCAAACAACAGUGAGAGAUCCAAAUCCAGACUGAUUCUGUUUCAGGAAAGCCUCUAUAUACUUAUUUUUAUAUUUAUUUUUUUCCAAUUUACAAAAACAGAUAUUAAUUGCAAUUUUAUAGGUAUUUCCUAGGGCUUUUUUUUUUUUUAACUGGCCACUUUCCAGACCCCAGAUACAAAGAGCAAUUACUGUGCUAUGUUAGAUAAUUUUGGUGGGAAAUCAGCAAUUUCACAUUAAGUCUACGGUAGGGGUCACUUGAAUGCUUCUUAGCUUUUAAUGGUCAGUAAUACUUAUUACUAUUAUUAUUGUCAACAUUAUUUACCUCAUUUUUUCAAACUGUCUUCUGAAAAGUUGUUUUAGCCCAUUAUCUGCUUUGCUUCUCUUAGCGAAGGCAGAUGCAAAGAAUAUAUUCGGCUGAAUACUGAAGAAACUUGGCGCACGUUUUGUGAAUGAAAAAAUGAAUCUGUGAAGCUCAG